AUGAAAUAUUUAUUGAUAUAUAUUUACUUAUUAAUUUUGGUUAAUGCUCAAAAUACAUGUACUAACAGCAAAUGUAACGAAGUUGAUUAUGUUAUUCAUGAACAGGGCGUUGAAGAUGAAUCAGAUCAGUACUGGGAAGACAUUAUUAAAAUAUUAAAAGACAUCUUAGGAGAUAAUUAUGUAUAUAUCAUAAAUGAUGGAGAUAGUCCAAAAGAAGUCUUUAGAAAAAUUGGUAAUUUUAUAAAUAACAAUUGGAUGAUAAGAUACUUAAAAAAAGCUUUUGAGACAUCUAUCGAGUUUAAAGGGUUAUUAGUUGAUUUUUACACAACAUGCAAGACUGGAAUAAAAAUGCAAACAGAAACAGAUAAAGAUAAAAUGAAUUCAAUGAAAGUCCAACUAAAAAAAUCACUUGAAAGCAUUCGAGCACGAGUAAAUUUAUUUAGGAAUUGGUUGGACAAAACAGGUAUAAAAGAAAAGACUCAAAAAGUUGUCACUUCUGCAUCAACCAUACUAAAUAAAAUGAUUGGUUUUGGAGUUACUAAAAUAACUAAAUUAACAAAAGACACAAAGAAAUGGGCUAAAGAAAAAGUUAAUGAUUUAAAAAGAAAUUUCUAUAAUGAAUAUUUUUAG